CAUCAGACGACCCGCCGUCAACACCAACUUCUAUUCUUCGGGGACGCAUCUCAAAGUAAAUGAGGUUCGCCUGCGCACGUUUCAUUUGUGCAGCAAGGUUAGGGUCGAACAAGUAUUUCCAUCUGACGCACGCUGCCUGGCCCUCACCUCCUCGUUUUCGCAAAAUGCUCCUUUUUCUCCCAAGCGCAUCUACUGAACACUGGCAACUUCAGAAGCUGUCUUCUUGAUUCUCGCUGUCACCACCACAUCUAGGCACUAACACCUCUUUUCCAAGCCGAAUUCGACUUGGUGAUACUCCAUGGUUGGGAUCGCAAGAGCUCGUGGCUGUGGUACCUGCAGGAAGCGGAAGAUAGCGUGUGGGCUGGAAAGGCCUUCUUGUGCUCAAUGCAUUAAAUCGAACAGAACAUGCACUGGGUACCGAAAAUACCCCAUAUUCAUUGCUCACCAGCCACCUAAGGGCGAAGAUUCGACCCGGCCGGGGCAUGGGGAAUCUACACUUGAUUCGACAAUACAUACCCACGACAGUCAGCGAACCCCUGUAGAUUUCAACGGACUGACAAGCUCCUCAUCAUCAAAUGGCAAUCAUCUCGACCCGGUCCAAUCUAUUAUUCGAUUGGGAGCACAAGUCAAUGCCAACCCGGCCCUUCGACAGCGUCUCUUGGGCCAGUACCUGGAUAACCAUCUGUCAAAGAACAGGCUUGGGCCCAUGCAGCAGAGAGUGUGGCUGAUACAAAUCCCCAAACUUCCUGAUCUCACCCCGGCCUUAGAGGUCUCAAUGAUGGCGUUAGCUGUCGCCAAGCUCGGUGAAGUCUAUUCUGAUGAAGGGCUUAUUCACGAGAGCCUGAAGCUUUACCGUGAAGCUCUGCACGAAGUUCAAUUAGCGCUGUGGGACCGAGACUUGAUGCUCCAUGAUCAAACUCUUACUGCCUGUGUGGCUUUAGGCAUGUAUGAGAUGAGCCAAUGUCCAAAUCAGUCGAAACAUGGAUACAUUAGUCAUACACUUGGCUGCCAGAAGCUGAUCCAACUCCGCGGUGCAGAGGCACACAUGGAUGGAUUGGGACAUUCAGUCUUUGUACAUUUCAGGAUCCAGGGCAUUCUCUAUUCUCUGGACCUCGGCGAGCCUUCCUUCCUUGGAGAGCCGCUGUGGCAAGAGGUGCCCUGGAGAGUUAGACCUAAAACACCUUACGAUCGGAUUUACGACUUUCUCACUUGUGCUCCAGAUCUCCGCAGACAGGGCGAGAUGCUCGAACAUAUGGACCCUCUGGGCAAGUUGCAGCUUGCGACUGAGAUGAUCCGAAAAUGCUGGAAGCUGGAUGCCGAGUUACAGUCGGUUUAUGAUUGCUUGGAGAAGAGCCAUGACGGACCACUAUAUUGGCCGGAACUAGCAAGAGAUAAAAGUCUCGACCUUUGCUCGAAUGAUGGCAUGUUAUUUCCGGUGGCAUUCCAUUUCCCCGAUCUCUCCAUCGCCAACACUAUCAUCAUUUAUUGGGGGGUCCAGGCUAUGUUGUGGCAGGGCUUGUGGCUGCUCUAUGGAGUUAUGACUGAAUUGCAGAUGAACUUUGCGGAGGCUGGGGCCUUUGCACAAGGAGAUGCGGAUAGUGGAUCUAGGUCUUUGACAAAUACGGUCGACAACAUCUUCCACUUUCCACCGUUAGAACAUCGAGCAGACUUCGCCGCACCCUGUCGCAACAUACUCCAGUCCGUUGAAUACAGCUUGCAGGGUGACAUGCUCGAUCAAGGACCGAAAUGUGUUGCUGCUCCGUUGAGGAUGGCGAUAGAAACGAUGGUGCCGUUCCCUCAGUACAGGCGAGAGGUCGCGUGGGGAGAGAGGGCUGUGAAGAAAGUGCAGGAACGAUCUCUGCGACUAUUGAUUUACUAUACCCCGAGGAGAUAGCCAUGCAACUAGUUAUAUGAUAAUUU